AUGUUGGUCUAUGGAGUGACCGAGCAGCUGGCGACAAAAUAUUCCCGUACGAAGUUUAUCGAGUUUAGCGCUGGUACAGGCGGUGCCACUAAUGCUAUCCUCGAAUGCAUUAGGCCAGCGGUUGGCUCCUACGACUACACGGACAUUUCUAGCGCUUUCUUUGAACACUCUGCCAAUCAUUCUCAGUUGCACACUCAUAACAUGGUUCAUUGGAAACGGUCUGGAGAAACUCGUAAGCUUCUCAAGCCUGGAGGAUGUCUUGUCGUGAUUGAAAUCAUCCGUAAUUAUGUCAAGCGUCACGGUCUUGUCGUAGUUGAGAACAACGAGAUUUAUCAUGGUCCGAGUCUUGCCUUUGAGCUAUGGAACAAGAUCCUCAAAGAGCCUGACUACGAGAGCAGCUCGCCCAUGCCAGACCCUACUAAACAGAUUGCACGUUCAGCUAAUUCGCUUGAUGCGAAGUUGAACACCAGCAACACCUCGUCGGUAGUCUUGGGCGGCAAAUGCCACUCAGUUCAAUUUCUGAAGGAAACUAAGGUAUGCGAUCUGCUGAGCUCUGACUUUUCCGAUAUCGCCCAUGUCAACGACUUGCGCAUCCUGCUAAUUCUACACGACAGAAUCUGCAUCUUUAUUCCGACAGAGCUGGAAGAUGAUCUGUUUUAA